CACCGCUGUAAGCAGAGAAAUAAAGUAGUCAUCACGAAGCGAAGGCCGACAUGCCUUCGCUUCGUGAUGCGCUCGCCCUGUGAAAUGUGAGCGUGGGAUAUCGAGUACUGCUUGCGUGCUCAACAUUCGGGACGGUGCUUUGUCGUUGCGAUCUUUUUGCCCUUCGGACGCUUGCGAAGCUGUACCAGCGGUCGGCGUGCCUCGGCAGCGCUCGUCAACAACCGUCCGCGCGGCGUCACUUUUCUCGCGUUCGCUGACCGUCCGCGAGCGCCGGUGAUUCAUCGUCGCGGCUGGUAUGCGUAUGUAGUACAUCGCAUAGCUUCACAAUCGCUCUUAACAGCGGUUGUGAGUUGAGCGGGCCCUUAGCAAGCGAGUUAUGUCAGCAACUGCAACUUUGAAACUGAUGGUCACUUCACUUAUUUAUUUCACUAUUCGAGAUGUCAGCUGAAUGUAGUAUCUUCUUAGGUCACCCUCAGAAGCCACAUGACGGGCGGUACAACCUGCUGUGUACCGGGCUGUGCCCACACCACUCUCACUGCCAAGCAUGUGUCCUGGAAUCGCUUUCCGAAGAACAGCCAUCUACGCAACAUUUGGGUACAGCGAAUCAACAGGAAAGGUACCACUGGACGGUUCUCUCUGUGGACGCCAACCUCUGACAGCAGAAUAUGCGGCGCUCAUUUUAACGAAACUGGGAGAAAGAAGUACGAGGACAAAGCUCCCCGGUUUUUUCCAACCAGGACAUUUCCGAAGUAUGUUGCGGCCUGCCCAAAGGUCCCAAACAUGAUCUGCGCAAGGAAGCGCCAUGCGCUGCAGCCGCUGCCGGCCUACUUUCUGUCGGACCUUGACCUGGCACAGACCGUGACCCUGCCUGCUAGCCAGGAGCCAGCACAACCCGGCAGCCCCUUGGCCUCCGCUGGUGCCCCUGACACUGAUGAUGUAAUAGCUAGCGACCACCAGUACAGCAUCACAGGAUGUAUCGAUCAAGCCCUGCGUGAUCGCAUCAGGCAGCUAGAGGAGCUCGCUUCUGCAAACGAGAAACUGCGCAAGGACAACGACCGUCUACAGAAAGAAAAUGAAGCUCUGCGGAAGAAAGUAGCCCAUCUUGAGGAGAUGUAUGACAAAGCAGAGGAGGUCAUCGAUGCUACAAUCCCCUUUCAGAACUUCACGCUCACAGCCGUGCAACAGGACCCAAAGAAACUGGCCUUCUACACGGGAUUCGACUCCCUGGAGAGAUUUCUCGCCUUUUACAAGUUUGUUCAGGCAGGUUAUGAAGCUCACAAGGAAAGUCAAGGUCCGCAGAGAAGGUCACCUUAUCUAUCCAUGGAUGAUCAGCUGCUGCUCGUGUUGUCCCGCCUGAGGGUGGGACUUUUGGAGCAGGACCUUGCAUACCGGUUUCGUAUCCACAUCAGCACAGUCAGCCGGGUGUGGACAUUCUGGAUUGGUUACCUAGCGGACUACCUUGCUCAACUCAACUACUGGCCGUCGCGACAGGUUGUGAACAAGCACAUGCCGGAGUGCUUCAUCGAGGCGUAUCCAUCGACGAGAGUCAUUCUGGAUUGCACGGAAAUCUUCAUCGAGACACCUAGCGACUUCAGGGUGCAGAGUGAUACCUACUCAAGCUACAAGUGCCACAACACUGCCAAGGGACUGCUGGGCAUCACCCCCAAUGGGUUCGUGUCGUUCGUGAGCGACCUUGCCCCUGGCCGCGUCUCUGACAAAGCCCUGACCGCAUGUUCCGGGCUAUGCAACCUUCUUGAGCCCGGAGACUCUGUCAUGGCGGACAGAGGCUUUUUGAUCACUGAAGAGGUCGAAGCUGCAGGGGCUAACCUGAACAUUCCACCUUUCCUUGGGGGAAGGCUACAGCUCUCCCUGGAGGACGAAGCGAAAACUAGGGCGAUUGCGAAGGUCCGGAUCCACGUGGAACGAGUGAUUGGACAAAUGAAGUGUUUUCGAAUCUUGAGGGGUACUUUCCCAAACAGUAUGAGCAAGAGCCUGGACUCUAUCUGGAAGGUCUGUGCUUUGCUGUGCAAUUUCACGAGAGAGCCACUGCUCAGUCGAAGCUAGAGCUGCAGUCUUGUGGCUUCGUAGAUGGUCGUGGAGAAAAAAGAGGCCAUAUCUCUCUAUCUAGCUCACUUCAGCUCCGGCAACUUUUUGUGCCCACACGCCCUCAUGACCCAUGACGACCAUUAGCACCGACUACGGCCCUCGGGACUUUCCUCUACCCAACGAAAUGGACUCACAACCCACCGAGGCCACGCUGGCUUCUCCCGCUGUCUGAAGCUUACCGCUCAAUGCACCACCCACAGCCGGUGCAACCACUCCUGCCGUCACGUCGCUUCUUGAUGCACCACUUGUUGCCGCGUGAAUUCAACCUGCGGUCUUUACUCAGAAUCCAUUCUCCAUCCUCGGCGACGAUGAUCCCGAAAGCAAGUUGUCGCCCCUCAACAACAGUUGCCACAUCCGCACUGCCGCCAAUGAAACGAAGCGUGCUCGUGGCAUUUUUUUCUUCGGCGCCGCUGCGACUAAGCUUACCACCUCACCCCGGUGCAUCCAACGUGACUCGAACCCUGACUCGUUCCCCCUGGAGGACGGAUGGCAUCCUGUCUCUCGCCGACGUAAGGCGGCCCCGCCCGCGGCGCCUCCAGCAGCAUCGUUCUGCAGUGAGUUCUCCCACACUGUCAUUCUACGGCCGGCCAAACCAUGCCGCAUCAUGGACGGGGUCUUUCUUGCCAUUGACUCUGCAGUUGCUGCACAGAUAGACCUCAGGUCUCCUACACCAUUGCAGCCCCCUACCAAGUGAGGUACCUCGACUGCAGUAAUCAACUUGCAGUUGAUGCUGCUUUGUCUCAAGUGUGCGAUGCAUUCCUCAAUGUAACAUACAUCCCGAUCGGCACUCUGCAGGUCUCCGUGCAAGGCUACGAGGCCAUUCGCCGUGGCCAGGUUCGCGGAUUCAUAAAAAAAGUCUGGCGACCUGGAUUCUGCGUCCUAAAAAACCUUCAUUGCCGGAAAUCUGCUAUCCUCCAGGCCGGUCCUCUCACAAACUCUGGGUCGGCACUCAUUACAUUCGACGGCACCAGCCUCGCGUUGCCCAGUGCCCCAACAGCACCCAAGCCAACGGCACAACACAGCGUCGUCAGUUGCCUUCAUCAACAUCCAAAGAGAAGCCGGCGUCACCACCAGUGACGCCUGAAACUAGCUCCUGCUCAGCAAGCUGUGCUGUUAUCUGCGCCCAAAGCCCUCAUCGCAGCACCGAGGUCUGCGAAGCAGAAGACUGACUCCCGCCCGGUGCUCGCCACAAAACUCCUAACGCCGGCACACAACAUCACCGCCGACCUCACACAAGUCCCAACAUCAGAACCGCCUCGGACCACCUUCGCAGAAUCAGCGAGAGCUGUCAACAGCACUAGUGAGACGCCUGCCCUACUUCCGUCAGGGUCAGACUUUACUGGCUUGCAACAACAAAUCACCCUUUUCACAAAACAAAUGCUGGCAGCCACGCAGCGAAUUCCGACGAUGCAAAACUCGCUGUUUACUCUCGUGGAUACCUGCACCCGUGCAGUAAUCGGGCGCCUCGCGAUGCAGGGCAUCAUUCCGUUCGGCGGCCCCCCACUAUCACCACGCAAACAUGGUUAGCGCCCCCAGGAUUGUUCAGUGGAACUGUUGCUCGCUUAAACAGAAGAAGGCAGACUUCAUCGAAAAAUUUUAUCUUCACUCGUCAUCCGACAUGGCCGCUGCGUUUGCUCUACAAGAAAUCAACGGCCCCCUCCCUUCUUUGCCACAGUACGAUGGACUUGCUCCGAACAUUGAGACUAGUGCCCCCUUGCCUUGGAUUCGUUCCGCCCUGUACGUUCAUCGAUCAGUGUGCUUCACUCUUCUCGACACCUCACAGAGGUGCUCUGCAAUGACCAGCGUUACGGGUUGCCGCCAAUUCCUCAACGGCCCGUUUUUCUCUUCUCUGUCUAUGUGGCUCCAGACACAUCGCUAAACCGCUGGACAAGGCAGCCGCUAAACAUCCCUUUUUUUAAGCACUUCGCCCGUCUUUAUCCAAAAGACGACGUUCCCGUUUGCGGUGAUCUUAAUGCCAAACACACGCAUGGGGCUACGACAUUGACCUUCCCCACGGCACGCGGCUUCUUGCAGACCUCACAGGGCUGAAACUUUCGUUCCUCAACAUCCCAGACACCCCCACACGUAUCAAACAAUCCUCCCAACAGCAGGACACCUGCCCCGACUUUACCUGUGCUCGUUACCCUCGACGCUGGAGAUGGCAUGUCGCCGGCGACCGCCUCGGCGGUGAUCACCUCCCCAUUAUUUUACGCUACGACUUCCUAUCCGCAACCCUAUCUCACUGUCGCGCCUGCUGCGACACAUUCUUCACUAAGUGGGACAACUUCCGAGCAGCUCUUUCUUCUGUCAUGGAACUUGCUGGCUUUUCCGACAUUAUACAAGCUAUCCAGUCCGCCCACAAGUCUGCCACAAAGCGGCUAACCGUACCGGACGAUGCCGCUUUGACGAGCAUUUACUUACUGGACCGCCGCAUUCACCUGUUGGCCUGUUACCGCCGUUCUCGCAGACCACGACGACUCCUCAAACCUUCACAUAAACUCCAAAAGACUAUCUCGUGCUACACUUCGGAACUCGCUUCCAACUGCUGGACUUCCCUGUGCAGAUCCAUCUCCGGCAAUAGCCAUCUUUCGAAAGUUUGAAGGCUCCUCCGUUCUCUCCUCGGGGACCACAAACCUAGGCAAUUUGCUGCCACUGUUGCCCUUCGCAAAGGUGUCUCUCCCGAGGAGCUAGCUGAACGGGCCUCGGACGUCUUUUUUCCGCAACCAGCGCAACAUGACUCUGGAUGCUACACUUGUGUUCACCCUGUCACCAAGCUCUUGGGAUGGAUUGCCCGUUCACCCUCCACUCGCAGUGCACCUGGCCCCCAACAACGUCACAGUCGGGCAACUUCAGAACCUCCCUACGGCACUCAAGGAAACCAUACUCGCCGAGAUCAACCAGGUGACUCCAGACUACUGAAGCCCCAGGAGUCCCUGAUCGCUGCCACUUGUCUCAUUCGCCCUGGAAGCUCCCGAGAAGAUUAAAAGCUUUUCCUCUUUUUAUGCCCAAACAGCAGGGCAGAUAUGGUGGCCACUUCUUUGGUCGUUAAAUAAAUGUUUCAAAGCAAAGGUAGAUGGUCAUGAUGAAAGAAAUCAAGGACGUUAGGAUUCCUGUCAGAAGUACUCAACGCAAUAAAAUGUUGUCCAAACUUGCCAGGUUUUAAUUUUAGAUUGGUUGCACACUACACGACAGAGUAGCGAGCAUUUGAUUAUUCUUAAUUUUUAACUAGGACUGAUUAAAUUAAUUUCAAUACUUUUGGAUGUUUUAUUUUAAUACACACAUAUCCUCUAAAAAGGGCGGAAAUGUAGUGGUUAAUAAAGAAAAAUAGACGUAAUGGUGGGGCCACAGUCGACUCCUAGCAGAACUGUUUGGUGGGGCAACAGGCAGACUGAGAUUAAAGCCCCUCUAUCCUGGGAAAAGUGGCGCCAUUCAUUG